AAAAUUCUCCCGUUCUAUCGCGUGUUUUGGGAAGUUGCACAUAGCGUGUGGGCGAGGCUGUCUUGCAGCGGUAACAGCAAUUAAGCGGGCUAGUUUUCCACCCGUUAUUAUCGGCGUUAUAAUGGCGACAGCGUCUGGAGGACCGAAUCUUGUGGCUCCUGGGACCAGCCAGAGUCCACGCACCACCACAGCACAGCGAAAGAAAAACGGAAAUCUGUCCGCGAGGUUUUGGGAGAGCCCCGAUACCCUGGCUCAGCUCGAGACUGUCCGACAGUGGAUCGGGAAGCACUACAAAAAGUAUGUGCAGGCAGACUCUCCAUCCUGCCCGGCUCUAGUAUCCCUCACACUGCAGCUGCUACAGUUCCAGGAAGAGGUCCUUGGCAGAAGUGCAGACAAACCCACACUCACCAAGCUACCUUCUCAGUGCUUCCUGGACCUGCUGCCUGGAGGCGGGCUUUGCCACAUCCUUGGCUCCGCCUACAAGUUCAAGAUGGAUCAGGGCUGGAGAAGGUUUGACCUACAGAACUCCUCUAGGACGGACCAUAACUUAGAGAUGUUUACUACCCUGGAGAAGAACCUGGUCCAGAAUAGCUGUCUUUCGAGGCCCGUGGUGUAUGUGGACCAGGAGGUGGAUCAGAACCUGAACAGCAGACUGGCUGACAUCAUCACCAAACACCAGGGUUCGUUGACUGAGGACAGAACCCAGGCCUCUCACCACAUCUACCCCCGUCCAGCCGUUACAGAUCACGAUGAGUGGGUGCGUCCCAUCAUGCGGAAAAACAAGCAUGUGUUGGUGCACUGGGGAAGGCACCCUGACAGCUACGAUAGCUGGCUGUCCUCUAGUGAUGUAGAGGGAGAGGUGGAGGAACCACCACACACACACAGACCUUGGAGGGUGCAUGCAGGCUGGGUGUUGGAUACGGAGGUGUAUAAUGAAUGGAUGAAUGAAGAAGACUACUUGGUAAAUGACAGAAACGUUCCUCUCAUCCUCCGCCGGAGAGUCCACCUCACAGACCAACAGGACCUUAAGUUUACUCCAGUGAAGAAGAGAAUACGCUCCCCCUCUCCUCCCUCUUCCGACGGCAGAAAGAAAGGAGGAAAGAAGAGUGGUGGGUCUAAGAGGCGUGGCCCAAAGGAGGAAGAGGAGGUGGUAGAGGAGGAUCUGACUAAAGAUAUGGAGGAUCCAACACCUGUCCCUAAUAUGGAGGAAAUUGUACUGCCUAAGAAUGUAAACCCGAAGAAGGACAGUGAGAACACUCCUGUCAAAGGAGGGGUGAUGACUGACCUGGAUGAAAUCGAGGAUGACUCUUUGCUUCCUGGAGGAAGGGAGGAUGAUGAGGAGGGCAGAGAAGGGCUGCGUCUAUCAGACGGAGAAGACAACAUCACAGAACAAACACACCACAUUAUCGUCCCCUCCUACACUGCCUGGUUCAACUAUAACUGUAUUCACCAGAUCGAGAAACGAGCGCUACCGGAGUACUUUAACGGAAAGAACAAGUCCAAAUCUCCAGAGAUAUACCUGGCGUACCGUAACUUCAUGAUCGAUUCGUACCGGCUGAACCCCCAGGAGUACCUCAGCUCCACCUCCUGCAGAAGGAACCUGACGGGAGACGUCUGCGCCGUCAUGAGGGUCCAUGCGUUGUUGGAGCAGUGGGGGUUAGUGAACUACCAGGUGGAUGCAGAGAUCAGACCUCUCCCUAUGGGACCCCCUCCCACCCCUCACUUCAACACACUGGCUGAUACACCCUCAGGACUGGCCCCGCUACAGCACAGACCACUACAGGUGUCCUACUCCCAGCAGAUGUUGUUCUUCCCAGAGAGGAGUGUAGAGAAGCCCUCAGACUCUCAGAACUUUGGCCUCAGAACAGACCUGUACACCAGGAAACACCCAAAGAGUAAAGGAACCAGUUCAGGGAGGGAUUGGACAGAACAGGAGACCCUCCUACUGUUGGAGGCAUUAGAGGUGUAUAGAGAUGACUGGAACAAGGUGUCCGAACACGUAGGGUCUCGUACCCAGGAUGAGUGCAUCCUUCACUUCCUGCGUCUGCCAAUAGAAGACCCCUAUCUGGAGGACUCUGCCUCCUCACUCGGCCCAUUGGCCUACCAGCCCGUUCCCUUCAGCCAGUCAGAGAACCCAGUGAUGAGCACUGUGGCGUUCUUAGCAUCCGUGGUCGAUCCCAGAGUCGCCGCUGCCGCCGCCAAGGCUGCCCUAGAGGAGUUUUGUCGUGUCCGUGAGGAGGCUGACAAGGUUCUGGAGUUCCCUGCCCUCAAGGAGGCUGAGAAGACAGGCUACCUCUCUCUCGCUCUCUCUCCUGUAGACGUGAUGGAUGGUGAGAAUAUGGAGUCGGACUCUGACUCCCAGCAGCAUCUGCAGGCGGAUGGACAGAAGGUUCCAGAGCCCAGCAGAGGAGAGAGAGCAGAAGGAGAGCGAGUGAAGAGAGAGAACACUGAAACGACUGUCACAGAGGAGAGAGACGGAGAGAGAGGAGAGGAGAACAAGACAGACCAAGGGGAGGAGGAGGAGCUUGUGGGGGGAGGGAGGGAUGAAGGGAGGAGACGGGCAGAGCUGGAGUUUGUAGACGGGACCGUUGUCAAGGCAGCAGCUGCUGCUCUGGCCUCCGCCGCUACUAAGGCCAAGCACCUGUCAGCGGUAGAGGAGAGGAAGAUCAAGUCUCUGGUGGCUCUGCUGGUGGAGACUCAGAUGAAGAAGCUGGAGAUCAAACUGAGACAUUUUGAGGAGCUGGAGACUAUCAUGGACCGAGAGAAAGAGGCGUUGGAGCAGCAGCGUCAGCAGCUGUUGUCAGAGCGACAGAGUUUCCACUCCGAGCAGCUGAAACACGCAGAGAUGAGGAUUCUACAGCAGAGAGAGCAGCAAUCACCAUACGCUCUACAACAGCACACAGGCCAGUCCAUGCCCGGCCGGAUUAUGCCUACUGAAGGGAACUCUCUCACCAUGGCCCCCCGACACCCUGGAGCUUCCAAUGGCAUGUACCCACCUGCGCAGCCUGAUGGGAUAGCUCCGGCCCAGCCUGGUCCUCCAACCACGGCCAUACACAGCCGGGGAGCCGACACAUGAGAGACACACACCUUGACCCCAGUCACACACAUUCCAGUUCUCUGAAGAAUACACACGGUACAUAUUUUGAGUACUUUAAUUUAGAUCCACAGUAAGAUAUUAUGUCAAGGUCAUACAGAUGCCUGGACAGGUAGUCAUGGAAACGUAUGUCAUCUUCACAUCUGAAAGGUCCUCAUGUGUGACUGUUUACUGUCAUUUUGAUGGUAUUUAAUCAUUGUCUCACACACACACAUGCUGUACCCUUUACUGACCAGUGCAGAAGAGUAAACUCAAAUCAUUAAAAGUGUUUUCUAUGAAACGAU